AUGGAGCGAGAUGGACAUCUUAAGGAACAAGUACAUCGACAGGUUCGAGAUUUGUUGAGCAAGCAGUAUGUUCACAAGGCUACGGUGCGUGAGCUGGAGGAGGCUGACCAGCGACGCGUAUGGUAUCUACCAAUAGGGGUGGUUACCAACCCAAAUACACCUGGAAAGGUUCGGCUGAUUUGGGACGCGGCAGCUAAGGCGCAUGGAACAUCGUUGAACGACAUGCUGCUGAAGGGACCAGACGAGCUGAGCUCGUUACUUGGCGUACUCUUCCGAUUUCGUCUGUACGCAGUGGCGGCGUGUGCAGACGUGAAGGAGAUGUUUUUGCAGAUUAUGAUACGAAAGGAAGACAAACACGUGCAGCGUUUCUUGUGGCGUUACGAACCAACGGACGAGUUGGAAACCUACAUCGUGGAUGUUGUAAUGUUCGGGUCUGCGUGUUCACCCGCAACGGCGCAGUAUAUCAAGAACCGAAACGCACGAGAGCACAUGGAACAAUUCCCACGAGCGGUGGAGGGAAUUCUUGAAACCACUUACGUAGAUGACUUUCUGGACAGCUUCGAGACGGAAGAAGAAGCAUGUCAGGUAUCCCAUGACAUCCUGAUACAAGAUCUUUGGCGAACUGGCACGCAGUGGGACGAAGAGAUUAACGACACACAGGUGAGACAUUGGCGUAGAUGGAUUGAUCUGCUUCCGGUAAUAGCAGACCUACGCAUUCCACGCAGUUACUUUGCGGCAGCAUCGAGGAAGAUGUACGAGAAUGGCGAAUGGCAUUUUUUUGUCGAUGCUAGUCAGCACGCUUAUGCAUGCGUCUUAUAUCUGAGGAUAUUUGACGAUGCUGGAGAACCUCAGUGUACACUCAUCGGUGGGAAAGCUAAGGUGGCGCCACUGAAGCCACUUACUAUUCCAAAGCUUGAGCUUCAGGCUUGCGCGUUAGGAGCGAGAUUUUUACGCUUCACGCAGGAGCAUCAUCCGAUUAAUGUGAGACGACGAGUGCUUUGGUCGGACAGCACAGUUGCGUUGUCGUGGAUAAGGUCGGAUCCAAGAAACUACAAACCCUUCGUGGCUCAUAGGGUGGUCGAAAAACUGGAGAGCACAUCGGCUGACGAGUGGAGAUGGGUGCCUACUGACCACAACCCGGCAGAUGAGGCCACGAAGUGGAAGGGAAAGCCGAAUUUCGACUUUGGUGGCAACUGGUUUCAAGGGCCAGAGUUCUUACUCCAUGGGGAGGAUGAUUGGCCAUCACAGAGGUUCAACAGCGACAACCCGUCAGAAGAAAUACGACAGGUAAAUCUUCACUUGGAGGACUCUAACACCGGACUAUUACCUAUACGGUAUGAACGGUUCAGUCGAUUGGAGAGGCUACAAAGGAUAAUUGGAAGGGUUGUCAGGUAUGUAGGCAAUCUGAGACGAAAGUAUCGUGGCGAACCUAUUUUAGGAGGAGUUCUACGACAAGAAGAACUCUAUGAAGCGGAUAAGAUUCUGUGGAGGCAUACACAACUCGAGUACUAUCCGGAAGAAGUUCGCAUUCUGAGUUUGGACGAUAACAAUGGAAAUCCUGGAGGAAGAACGGUAUCGAAGCAAAGCCACAUUUACCAUCUAUUGCCGUUUGUGGACGAUGAAGGCGUAUUGCGAAUGCGAGGAAGGAUAGGUGCAGCGGCGGAUGUUUCUUAUUCUGCUAAGUAUCCCGUUAUACUGCCGAGGGGUUCCCGACUGGCUGAGUUGAUGGUAGAGCGGUAUCAUCGAUUGUGUCGUCAUGCGAACAACGAAACAGUGACGAAUGAGUUGCGGCAACAAUUUCAGAUCCCAAAGCUGAGAGCGUUGGUAACGAAGACGGUGAAGAACUGUGUCUUCUGUAAGAUCAGGCGGUCACUACCACAAGUGCCGCCAAUGGCGCCGUUACCGAAGAAGAGGCUCACGCCCUUUGUUAGGCCAUUCAGCUACGUCGGGCUGGAUUACUUUGGACCAGUGUUGGUCAAGAGAGGAAGAUCGAACGAGAAGCGUUGGAUCGCUUUAUUCACGUGUAUGACUGUGCGCGCGAUUCACUAG